AUGGCCAUAAAGUUCAAAUAUCCGUGGAUUGGGGUUGCAAUCCCAUGUUUCCUCAUAUCAUUUAUAGGUUAUACUGCACAUUAUUUCAUAUUAUCAAACUAUCUACCCCUUUAUCAACAAGUCGUGUAUCAACUAUGUAUGUCAAUGAUUUGGAUUUCAUAUUAUUUAGCAAUAAUAGUAAAUCCUGGUUCUCCCUCAAAAAAUUUUAAACCACCAAAACAUGAAUGGAAAAAUUUUUGUAAAAAAUGUAAUAUGUACAAACCACCAAGAGCACACCAUUGUAAAACUUGUGGACAAUGUGUUUUAGUAAUGGACCACCAUUGUCCCUGGACAAUGAAUUGCAUUGGGUAUAAUAAUUUCCCCCAUUUCAUGAGAUUUUUAUUUUGGGUGGUCAUUUCCAUUGGGUAUUUAUUGACAUUAAUGGUUAAAAGAUCAAUUUAUUUAUGGAAUAUCAGACACUUACCUGGUUACUUUAUCAAGAAAAGUGAACUAUGGUUUUUGGCUAUUCUUUUUCAAAUGUCUGGGUUCGUUUUUUUGACUAUAUUAUUAUUAUUUGCGCGAUGUAUCAAGAAUCAAGUAUUUAAAGGUAUGAGCCAAAUCGAAGUUUGGGAAAUGGAUAGAAUUGAGUCUUUGUAUUAUCGUAAAAUGUUAAUGCCUAAGCUACUUAAAAAUUUACAAGUAAUAUACAAAGACACAUCAAUUAAAUAUGAAAGCGAAGAAGUUAAAUAUUUAAUAAAAAAUAGUUUAAGGAUGAAUAUGUUUGAAUACAUCAAUUUUCCCUACGACAUAAACCCUUGGUCUAAUGCAAUAGAGUUUUUGGGGCCGAUAUAUAUUUGGUUAUCACCCGUAGGCGUGCCUAAUGGUGAUGGUAUGCACUUUAAGAAAAAUGAUUUAUCUGCGUAUGAGGCUACAUCUUCUAUAUGUGAUAAACUACUUUCCUUACCGUGGCCACCUGACGGCAAUGCCACUAUCGCUGAAACGGCCGCUGUGGAUGGCUUUGAGCUCUUUGAAUCCGCUCAUAAUCAAGAGGAGGACGACGAGCCUGUGAAUAAAAGAGGAAAUAAUAAUAAUAGUAAUGCUAGAAAAAACUGGGAAAAUUCAUGGGGGGAAAAUUUGGCCGGGUUUGGUGUGGACACCGAAGAAGAAUGA